GAAACACCGGAAAUGUUCUUUGGUUCGUUUGCCGCCAAAGCAAGCAGUGUGCUGGGAUGAAAUUGUUUAUACUUUCGUUCGCGAUCCUUCGUCUUUCAAGGGAUUGAAUCGUCCAGUACAGUGUAAAAAAGAGAAUCUGAUAAACGGAUUGAUCACUUGUGCGUGUUUUCGGUGAAAUUUCGUUCGUCGAACAAAAUCAGCAAUGGCCAAAGUUCAAUUAGCAAAUGUAGCUGUUCUCGAUAAUCCUUCGCCGUUUCUAAAUCCAUUUCAAUUUGAAGUUACGUUCGAAUGCAUCGAGGAAUUGAAAGAAGAUUUGGAAUGGAAAAUGAUAUAUGUCGGCAGUGCUGAAUCUGAAGAAUUCGACCAGGUUUUAGACACAAUUUAUGUUGGACCCAUCCCCGAAGGAAGGCAUAUGUUCAUUUUUCAGGCUGAUCCUCCAGAUGUCAGCAGGAUUCCAGUAAAUGAUGCUUUAGGAGUCACGGUUGUUUUGUUAACUUGUUCGUACAGAGGACAUGAAUUUGUGCGCGUUGGUUAUUUUAUAAAUAAUGAAUAUACAGAUGCAGAACUUAGAGAAAAUCCACCGCCACAGCCUCAGUUUGAUAAAGUACAAAGAAACAUCUUGGGGGAUAAACCACGUGUCACUAGAUUCAAAAUAAACUGGGAUGAUGGAGCAAGUUCAGCAACAAAUAACAUACCAGAAGGCAUAGAUGCGCAAUCUUUAGAAGAAACAUCACAAGAUGCACCAACAUCCACAUUGGGUUUUACAGAAAAUACACACAACAGCAUGGAAGUGAUGUGAAUGUUAACUGUCAGUAAUAUAUAAGCUAGCAAAGACCAUAAUAUGAUGAAUGAAGUAGUACCUGGAAAGAAGAUUCAAACAAUUCAUAUAUUUGGAUACCUGAAAGAAAAAAACAUUGUAAGAAAAUGGUACCCUUUUAUGUAAUACAUACUAAUUGGCUUCCCAUUAUUAAAAAAGCUUAUAUGCUGAAAGAAAGUUACAUCAUAGUAAUAUAAUUGUUUUAACCUUGUAUAAAAAUAAAAUUGUUUACUAUUCGAUACUAUAUAAUUGUUUGAUUUGGAAUUACUUAGUAUGUAAUAUCAAAAAAAAAAAAAAAUCAAUCAUAAAAAAUGAAUUCGCAAUAGAAAUUAUAAAUGAUUUAUAAAUUUACUAAGAAAAACAUCGUAUUGAAAUAACAACAGAAUGUGGAAGAAUGUGCUUCAAACUAAUAGUUUUAAACGUCGUGAUUGUUAAUACAAUGAAGAAGUACUCUGGAACUGUUUAAACGUUAAUUCUUGAUAACUGUGUAUUGUAUGAUGAUAUUCUAGAAAUGUUUCUAAUUUUUGUGUUUAAUAUUUUAAGUAUUAUAUUAUGGCUUAUUAUAUCAUAAAUUAAUAGACAUAAGGCUAUCCCAAUUUUAUCAGUGUAUGUACAUAUAUACUAAAAUGAGAAUACAUAUUAUGUUUUUUACUUCA